CGGUUAAACGAAACAAGACGUACUCCAUUUUCUGCGCGCCUUCCUCUGUACCUCGUUACCUCAGUUGGCGGAGAGAGAGAGAGUCAUGGCGACGCUCGCCGGCAGCAACUUCCUCGCCGUGGCUCGGCCAAGUCAACUCGGUCCCCGGAGGCGUGUUGCUUUCACCUCGGUGCCCGGCUCCUCGAUCUUCAGCAGGCGAGUUCAUGCCGCGAGAGUGAGAGCCGCUGUUCAAACAGCGACGCCGGAUCCUAUUGUAGUUGACGAGAAGGUUGCCUCCAAGAAGGGCAUUUUGGCUUGUCCGAUAUGUUACCACCCUCUAACGCAUGCGGGGCCUGCACUAUCCAUGGAUACUUUGUCCGAGUCUACUUUGCUAUGUAGCACCUGUAAGAAGACUUAUUUGGGCAACAAAACUCAUCUCGAGCUUGUGGCCUCAAGUGGAGCCAAGGAAUAUACUGAAGCCAUGGCCCCAGCCACGGAAUUUUUCAGGUUACCGCUGAUCUCAUAUAUCUAUGAGAGGGGCUGGCGUCAAGGCUUUUCUGCAGUGGGAGGAUGGCCUGGUCCUCAAAAGGAGUUUGAGUUGAUUAAAGGGUAUCUUGAGCCCGUCCUAGGUGGGAAUAUCAUUGAUGCUAGUUGCGGCAGUGGUCCAUUUACCAGGCUCUUCGCCAAGAGUGGGCUGUUUUCCCUUGUCGUGGCACUUGACUACUCAGAAAACAUGCUCCAGGAAUGCUAUGAAUUCAUUAAGGAGGAGGAGAACUUCCCAAAGGAGGACUUGAUUCUUGUUAGAGCUGAUAUUUCAAGACUCCCUUUUGUUUCGAGUUCUGUCGAUGCUGUGCAUGCCGGUGCUGCUAUUCAUUGUUGGUCUUCUCCUUCAUCAGCUGUUGCUGAAAUAAGUCGAGUUCUACGGCCUGGUGGAAUAUUCGUUGCCACAACCUUCAUCUAUGAUGGUCCUUACGCUCUCAACCCUUUCUCGAAGCUUAUGCAAAAGAAUAUGUUCCGCAUAUCAGGAGGCCAAUUCUUCCUAUCAGAACAUGAACUAGAAGAUCUCUGCAAAACAUGUGGACUGGAAGAUUUCAAAUGUACCAGGAAUCGGCGUUUCGUGAUGAUAUCUGCUACAAAACCCAGCUGAACAGUCAAUUGUCUCUUCAGCUCCAAUUUUUACCAGCAUUUUGCUUCAGAAUAAGUGCAUUUGAUUGCUGUCUUGUUGGUUCUAUUGUUGUAUGCCAUAACCCUGCGUUGGUGCGGUUUACAGGCAUGUAAUUUAAAUAACCUGUUCAUUGACAAUCUAUAAUAGACUGUCCUCUUGGAAUUAUGAUGCCUGUUAUUUUUCUUUUA